AUGUCUUCCCACGUCGCCACUCCGCUCGCCGCGCCCAUCCCGAUCCCGGCCCCGCGCCGGAAUCUGGGCCUGAUCACCACCCAGGAGCUGUUCGCCAGCCUCAACGCGACCCUGGCGUCCAAGAUGGACGAGCUGGUCACCCCCAUCCACCACAUCCGGGAGGCCGAUUACUCCGUCCCGGCCCCACCGCCGCCGAGCCCCGUCAGCUUCCGGGACCACUGGCCCGCGUCGAUGCGCCGCUGA